CCGACUGACUCGGCAAAGGGGACAGUGACCUCAUGAAUUGAAAGCUCACUCUCUCUCUCUCGGUCGACCGAUCGAGAUGGCGGGGAGGCGAGGCGCACAGAUCCUUCCCUACUCCAAGCUCAAAUCGAAGCCGAACAAGCGAAGAAGGAACAGGCUGAGUGAUCUGCUUCUGACCAACGUCUUCUCGCUCGGGCUUUUCAUUUCCCUCAUCUUCUUUCUUGGUGUGGUCGUUAAAUAUGGAAUACCGAAUCCCCUCUCCUCGAAAUCUGGAAAUUCUUCCUACCCGUCUCCUUACAGAACCAAAAGACUGUUCUCUUGGAGACCAUUCUCCUCGAAUCACACUAAUUCGCCCGUGGACAUCACCACGAAGGGUCUCUAUGACAAGAUUGAGUUUCUCGAUGUGGAUGGAGGGCCAUGGAAGCAAGGGUGGGUGGUUAAGUAUAAGGGAGACGAAUGGGAUCGCGAAACAUUGAAGAUCUUCGUCGUGCCACACUCGCAUAAUGAUCCCGGCUGGAAGCUAACAGUGGAAGAAUACUAUCUGCAACAGUCUCGCCAUAUUUUGGAUACCAUUGUGGAGACUCUCUCAAAGGAUACUCGGCGAAAAUUCAUAUGGGAAGAGAUGUCAUACCUGCAGCGGUGGUGGAGGGAUGCUUCCGACUCAAAGAAACAAGAUCUUAUCAGUUUAGUAAAGAAUGGGCAGUUGGAGAUCGUUGGAGGUGGAUGGGUGAUGAAUGAUGAGGCGAACUCACACUACUUUGCUAUUAUAGAGCAGAUGAUGGAAGGGAAUACGUGGUUAGCAGAUAAUAUUGGGGCUGUUCCAAGGAAUGCUUGGGCUAUUGAUCCAUUUGGUUAUUCUGCUACAAUGGCAUAUCUGCUUCGCCGUAUGGGUUUUGAGAACAUGCUUAUCCAAAGGACUCACUAUGAGUUAAAAAAGGAACUUGCACUUCAUGAGAAUCUUGAGUUUUUGUGGCGGCAGGGGUGGGAUGUGGAGGGAACAGCUGAUAUAUUUGUUCAUAUGAUGCCUUUUUAUUCUUAUGAUAUCCCACAUACUUGUGGACCAGAACCAGCCAUCUGUUGUCAGUUUGAUUUUGCUCGUAUGCGUGGUUUCAGCUACGAGUCCUGUCCAUGGGGCCAACAUCCAGUUGAGACCAACCCAAGCAAUGUUCAUGAAAGAGCCUUGAAGUUGUUAGAUCAGUACAGGAAAAAGUCUACUCUUUACAGAACAAAUACCCUUCUUGUACCCCUUGGUGAUGAUUUCAGAUAUGCGAGUACAGAUGAAGCAGAAUCUCAGUUUAGUAACUACCAAAUGCUAUUUGACUAUAUCAAUUCUAAUCCAUCUCUCAAUGCUGAGGCGAAAUUUGGCACACUAGAAGAUUACUUUCAAACUCUGCGUGCUGAGGCAGAAAGGAUAAAUUUUUCUCUGCCCGGUGAGAUAGGUUCCAGUGUCCUUGAAGGUUUCCCUUCUUUGUCAGGAGACUUUUUUACCUAUGCUGACAGGCAGAAGGAUUAUUGGAGUGGAUAUUAUGUUUCAAGGCCAUUUUUCAAGGCUGUUGAUCGUGUAUUAGAGGAAACCCUGCGGGCAUCUGAAAUUAUGUUUUCUUUGGUCCUGGGUUACUGUUACAGAGCACCUUGUGCUAAGUAUCCCAUCAGUUUUUCUGACAAGCUGACAGCUGCGAGGAGGAAUUUAGCACUUUUUCAGCACCAUGAUGGUGUAACAGGAACUGCAAAAGAUCAUGUGGUGGAAGACUAUGGACUUCGAAUGCAUACUUCUUUACAUGACCUGCAUAUAUUCAUGGCAAAAUCAGUUGAACUAUUGCUAAAUGUAAAUCAUGACAAAGCAGAUCAUAGUCAGUUGUCUCAGUUUGAGACAGAGCAGGUGCGGUCAAAGUACAAUGUUCAGCCCAUACACCGUGUCAUCGAAGUGCCUGAUGGAAGUCUGGAGACAGUUGUGUUUUUCAAUCCUCUUGAGCAAACAAGAGAAGAAAUUGUAAUGGUGGUUGUAACAAGGCCAGAUAUAUGUGUACUGUCGUCAAAUUGGACCUCUUUAAGAAGUCAGAUUGCUCCUGAGUUGCACCAUCAAGAGGAUGAUUUAUUCACUGGGAGGCAUCGUGUUUUCUGGAAAGCUUCUGUUCCGCCAUUGGGUCUACAAACCUAUUAUAUUGUCAAUGGGUAUGUGGGAUGCGAGAAACCAAAACAUUCAAAAAUGAAAUUGCUUGGUGGCUCAAAACCUUUGUCUUGCCCUGCUCCUUACACAUGUUCAAAGCUUGUGAAGGGUGUCAUAGAGAUUCAGAAUCACUUGCAUACACUUACGUUUGAUGCCAAGCAUGGCCUUUUGCAGAAGGUUUCCAAUCAUAAAGACAGUAAUGUAAGGGUUGUUGCGGAAGAAAUUGGAAUGUAUUCUAGCAUGGGAAGCGGCGCAUAUCUCUUCAAGCCUACUGGUGAGGCUCAACCAAUUGUGCAGGCAGGUGGAAGGAUUGUAAUUUCAGAUGGUCCUUUUAUGCAGGAAGUAUAUUCUUACCCCAAGGUGUCAUCGGGCAAAACUCCUAUUUCACAUAGUACUCGUGUUUAUCAUGGAGAGGAUACUGUUCAGGGUUUUCUGAUAGAGAAGGAAUAUCAUGUUGAGCUUCUUGGUCCCGACUUCAAUGACAGGGAACUGAUAGCUAGAUUUAAGACAGAUAUUGAAAAUAAAAGAAUUUUCUAUUCAGAUUUGAACGGUUUCCAGAUGAGCCGAAGGGAAACCUAUGAUAAGAUCCCACUGCAGGGCAAUUACUAUCCAAUGCCGUCACUUGCGUUCUUACAGAACAUUAAGGGACAUCGCUUUUCUGUCCAUUCUCGCCAGUCCCUGGGUGUGGCCAGCCUUAGAAAUGGCUGGCUUGAGAUUAUGCUGGACAGACGACUAACACGUGAUGAUGAUAGAGGUCUUGGUCAAGGUGUCAUGGAUAACCGCCCUAUGAAUGUUCUGUUCCACCUUUUGAUAGAAUCCAAUAUUUCUGCUUCCACAAAUACUAAAAUGGAGGGUUCGGCAGCCCUGAACCCAUCCUUGCUCUCUCACCGUGUUGGUGCUCACCUGAAUUAUCCAAUGCACGCAUUUGUGAGCAAGAAAACAGAAGAAAUUUCGGUUCAGUUACCUCCAAAAAUUUUCUCUCCAUUAAUGUCUCCCUUGCCAUGUGACGUCCAUAUUGUGCAAUUUAAGGUCCCUCGUCCAUCAAGAUUCAUGAGUGGGUCACUUGAAGAUCUAAGGUUCUUACUUAUUCUGCAGAGGAGGGGUUGGGAUGCAUCUUAUUGCAAGAGGGGAGGAUUUGGAUGUUCAACACUAAUAGAUGGCAUGUUUGAUCUCUUCUCGGUUUUUAAAGAUCUUGAGAUCCUCGAAGCAAAAGCAACUUCUCUCAAUACAUUGCAUGAUGACACUGAGAAUGUAGGGAACAUUGAGGAAUUACAGAGAAAGCAACUGCAGGAAAUAUCUGGUGAGGGACAAGUGAUGCUCUAUCCGAUGGAGCUGCAUGCAUACAAAUUGGGUAUAAGGCCAAAGCAGUAAGAUUAAAUGAAAAUGCUUUUUGUAGUUCAGCGGGAUUCAGCCUUGCCAGUCACCAUUAGAAGCUUGUUUAGGUAUGCCAUUUUGAUGUUCAAAUUUCUUCUUCGCAAGCGAAGAAUUUUAUGGUGCAGUGUGCAAUACACUUGUGAACUGAGAUGUAUAUCUUGAUGAGAGAAAGAAGCCAACAAAGUGGAAUGUUACAGGCUCGCCUAUUGGGGAAAAUGUCACAGGUUCGCCUAUUGAAAAAAACAAGAACGUCAUAGGUUAGCAGUACCGUCUGGUGAAGCAAUUUAGCAGGUUCAAAUCUUAUAGUUAUCAAACCUGUUGUCGAUAUUCUUGAUCAAUAUUUACAGCACACGGAUGGUUCCAUGGAGCAGUAUGAAAAUAAUCCACUAUGCGAAGCGUUGUUCUUGCUUCGGCUGUGUAACAACUGCUGUUCUACUUAGAACAUUCUGAGGAAUUUUGUCUAUCAAAUCUUCUUAACCACAGUUUAAACCAA